UCACGAUCUCUUGAGCCACCACGCGAUCACAGACACGAACACCGUCUCUGCGUCGGGUGCUGAGAGUGAACGGAGGUUUUCACGAAUGUUUCUCUCACGAUUGCUCGCCGGAGAAAAUGCACGCCCGAGCACGAUUUUCCCGAGCAUCCCGAUUCAGUUGAGAACACGAAGUUACACGGGUGAAUAGGACCGAAAAUCGUGGAACGGGAAGAACGAAAGCGUAAGAAAAGAGGCCGAAGAACGCGACACGAGAAAACUUAACGAAUAGAAAGACCGAUAACCGAAGCGAAAAUGUCGGGCGAAGUGAGUGAACCGAUUAAAAAGUGUUCGCUAAUCCUGAAGAAUGCGAAGAGUGACACGGAAAAGUUUGCCGCCCUGUUCAUGGUGACGAAGCUGAUCAAGGGAAAGGACUGCACGCAGGCCGGCAAGCGGAUGCUGUUCGAUGCGAUCGGGUUCGAGUUUCUGCGCAAACUACUCACCAGCAAGGAUGUCCCGGACGAUUGCCCCGCCUCCGUGUACCAGAGUGUGGCGCUGUCCAUUCUGAGCUGCUUCUGUGAGGACGAGUCGCUCGCCACGCACCAGGAGAUGUUGGACAGCAUUCCGGUGUUCCUCGGGAUCGCGUCGACCUGCGACGACGAUGAGUACGACGACAAUCUGAUCGUGAUCAACGAGGCGUACCAGUGUCUGCAGAGCAUCUCGCUGUACGAGCCGGGUCGCCUGGCGCUGCGGCAGCAUGACAUCAUCACGAAAAUGGCGCAGAUCUACACGCAGCGCAGCUUCCAGAUCGACGAAGCGCUCACGCUGAUCGUCACGUUGGUGGCCCGCUUCGGGGCCAACUCGUGGGACAGUGACCCGAAGCUGUUUCACGCGCUGCUGCAGCGCGUUUCGCUCGACUUCGAGACUGACCAUGCCGAGCGCAAGUUCGAGCUGGCCGACAUGAUCACGGUGCUGCUGUUCAACUGCCGCCGUGACCUGGUCUCCCGCACGGUGCAGGACGAAAUCUGGCCCCAGUGUCUGUACAAAGGUAUCACCGACAUCCUGAUGAGCAAGAUCGGCAAAGCGCAGCGCGAUCCUGCCCUCAAGCUGGCGGCCAACGCAGUCGAUGUGCUCGGUAUCGAGUGGACGCUAACCGAUACGGAGAAUCCGAAAAAGUUCUUCCUACUGCUGCUGCAACUGGCCGCGAUCGAGGUGCGCAUGCAGAUGGACGGCAAAAGUUUUAACCAGUGCAUGGCGCAAGCCGAUUUAAUUACCGCCUGCUUCACCAUACUCGAGCUGUCGAUCAACUUCAUGGCCACCGAUCAGCUGGAGCUCGAUCAGAAGGACAAGCAGCAGGUGUACACCGGACUGAAGGGUGCCUUCAACGGUGUGCUGUCGGUGCUGGUAAAGCUGGCCAACGACACACGCAAGGAUCGGCUGCAGAAGACGGAGAAAGCGUUCACGUACGCGAUGGUGCGCGUUCUGACCGCCUGGAUGGCCCAGGAGCCGACCGCCAUGAAGACGCAGCUCGGAAAGGUGCUACCCUUCCUGUUCAAGCUGGCCAACGAGUCGUUCUACGAGUCGCGCGACUACCGCAUCGCCCACAAGGCCGACAACGUGGACGACCACGAGGAGCAGCCGCCGGCCGAUGUGCUGCGCGUGAUGCUUCCCGCCAUCUGCCACCUGGUGGUCGAAGACGAGGCGCGCCAGAUCUUCUUACGCGAGAAGGAAGAGCAGGUCCUGUACGACUGUCUGCUGUUUCACUGGUCCAUCGCACACUACAAGAAACCACCGGUGCCGCGGGCCGAGCGGUUGAAGCGCAUGAACGAGCCGGACCCGGAGCUGACGGGGCGCCAGCUGGACGAGAUGCGCGACUCGCGGACGGCCAUCGUCAGCCUGUGCAACAUUCUGAUGAACAUUACCGUGCUCGAGGCGAAGCUGGUGGAAGAGAGCACCCUGUUCGCGCAGCUUCUGCGCUUCAUCUUCGAGAACCUGCCGGAGCUGAAGGACACGCCCGACAACCUCGUGCUGCACGGUCACCUGGCGGUGCUUGGGUUGCUGCUGCUCAAGCAGCAAGCCUCGAAGAUCAAGAAAAACGACUUCUCCAUCUGCCGCUACAUUCAGACGACGAUCCGGUUCCUGUGGGACGCGUACAACAUCGACGAAUCGAACGAUCCGCAGGCGCUGGUCGUUUCGCUCGCGUACAAAGAACAUUGGUUCGAGCUGAUGGAGCUGUGGUUCCUGGGGAUGCAGACGAUGAGCGGCAUCAUCAAGCUGAUUCCCUGGAUCUCGGAGUUUGCGAUCGAAAGCGGCUGGGCGGAGGGUAUAGUGGAGACACUGCGCAAGGUGAAGAUCGGUACCUUGCCGCCGAACGUGAAGCUUGCGUACGAAGACUUCCUCUCGCAGCUGGUCGACGCGAAUACGGGCGUUGCCGACGUGCUCCGGAAGGCCGAUGCGCUGAAGGUGUGCCGCAACCAUCGGAUGAUGGAUCUUGGCAAGAAACUGUUUGGAGAUUAGAGUGUCGGACCGGACCUCGCACCGUUGCGCCAUCAUCAACCACACUCUCUCUGCUUAAUCCUACGUUGCUGCAUUUCGUGUUUUCAUUUAAAUCCAUCAUCUGUCCAUUUAUUUCGUUCGCUUUACACCGUACACAGUUCUGCUGCUGGAAAA